AAGACCAUGGGGAAUAAACCAAGGCCAUUUAGGGCCUCAAAUGCAAAGGGAUUGACAUUACGUGGGUCUAACUAAUUAAGCCGGUGAAACAGUACCCGAACAAUUUCACGUUGAUUCAACCUCGCUACCAGGAAAUCGGAGAACAUGUACUCUUCCCGGGGUGACAUUUGUAAUUGAAUCCGUCCCUCAGCCGUUCUUUUCUGGAGGUAGAGACGCCGGAAGACCACGAGCCAUGGGCUUGCGUUCCGGCAGCGCUCGCCAGCUCGCGCACUUCCUGGUCUCGAAACCAUGCGCCGUUCGCUCCCUGAUCGUCUCGCAGACGAAGAUGAUCACGGCGUACGGGAAGAACGGGGACGUGCAGAAGGCCAUAGAGCUCUUCGAACAAAUGCCCCACAGAAACCAGGUCUCCUACAACGCGAUGCUCUCCGUCCUCCUCGACUCGGGCCGCUUAGGUUCCGCCUUGCAGUUGUUCGAGGAAAUGCCUCGGAAGAAUGCGUGGUCCUACACGUCGAUGAUCGCUGGACUCUCGAGGUCAGGACACGUUAGGGAAGCGCGGCAGCUGUUUGAUUCCAUUCCGCCGAGUGAUCGGAACGUGUUCUCGUGGACAGCCAUGAUAUCUUGCUACGCGCAGAACAAUGAGCCCCACCGAGCUGUGAGCCUCUUCUCGGGUCUCUACAGGGAACUCUUCGAGUCGAAAGUGAUACCCAACUCUUAUACUUUGAGUGUUGUUCUCAAGUCUUGUGGUUGCAUACGAUCUCUUGUGGCCGUAAGGCAGAUCCACUCUUUGACACUGAAGCUGUUGGAUGAGGCAGGAGAAGGAUCUGUCUUUGCUCAGAAUGCUCUAAUCGAUGUGUAUGCCAAAUUGGAUUGCUUACAUGACGCAGAACAUGUCUUCAAUAGGAUGAAGUGGAAGGAUUUAGCUUCAAGGAAUAUUAUGAUGGAUGCCUAUGCCCAUAACUUGUUGCUGGACCAAGCUUUCAAGAUUUUCAACUCCAUGAACGAAAGGGAUACACUUUCAUGGAACAUUAUGAUGUCGGGAUUGCUGGAAGGCCGUCGUGGAUUAGAAGCUCUGAGGUUAUUCCUCUCCUUGUUAAGAUUAGGCCAUGACACAAAGCCCAACUUGUCGACCUACACGAUCAUCUUAACUGCUUGUGCUACUCAUACCAUGCUUGAAUUCGGAAGGCAGAUACAUGGUCACACUGUGAAGAAUAGUCUAUAUCCAAACAACAUAUUUGUUUCAAACUCCUUGGUCACAAUGUAUGCCAACUGUGGAUUGAUGGAAGACUCGUUGCAAGUGUUCAAGGAGAUGCCAAAGAAAGAUGUGAUCUCAUGGAACUCUGUGAUACAUGGUCUUGGGAAAAAUGGGCAUGCGCAAAAAGCUUUGGAGAUUGCAGAAAAGGCACUGGCUUCAAAUAACUUUAAUGGCAACACAUUUUCGGCUAUACUUACUAGUUGCAGCCAUGGUGGUUUAGUUGUCGACGGUUUGGAUUAUUUCAACUCAAUGAGUAGAAAAUACGGCAUAGAACCAACUUUAGAUCACUACAUUUGUGCGGUAGAUAUGCUUGGGAGAGCUGGCAUGCUUAAGGAAGCUCAUGAUCUGUUGCGAAGCAUGCCUUUUGCAGCAAAUUCUGUCGCAUGGUCUACUCUUCUUAAUGCAUGUUCGAUACAUGGGAGCUUAAACAUAGGCAGAGUCGCAGCACAAGAGCUGCAGAUGCUGGAGACUGAUAACACAAAGAGCUAUUUAGGACUUGCAAACAUCUAUUGCAGAACAGAAACUGGAAGGGAAUCGAGGGAACUUCUUAAUUUACUAAGAGAGAAAGGUAUAGUAAAGGAACUUGGGUCCAGUUGGGUUGUUGAAAUAUAGGAUCUCAAGCAAAACCUAGUAUUGUCCCACGUGGUGGUGAAUGAUGAUCCAAUUCUUUGGAAAAAAAAUACAACAAAAUACUUGCUUUGAUGUGAAGGAUUCAAGAGAAAUAGAACUCCUCUAUUAGAAAGAAGAAUGUGAGUGUCCUCAUUUUGAUUAAUUUUAGAACAGUCAGUUGGACAUGAUGUGAAACAACCAUGGAGUUUAGAGACAUAAUGUCUGCAUCUUUCUGGAGAUGCAAUGGUGCAAAUUGCAUCAAUAUGCUUAAGAAGGGACAUACCCAGACUAAUACCGGCAUGACCUGAGAUUUUGGAAAUGGUGAUCAGGGUAGUAUCUUCAUCGGCUGGAGCUGGAAUUGAUGACUAAUGAGGCCAACAGCAGGCACAAUUCGAUCACUGUUGAUAACUGAUAACUUUCAAGAACAGAUCAUUUCAAAAGCCCAUCUGGAUUGUUUGGCGAAGCAACAUAUUCUGAUGACAUUUGUUGCAGAUAGGACAGAUCCUUUUGAACAGGUUUGCUUGUGUAUAUGCCUUGUACGACAACAAACAAACAGAAUAAGAAAAGUCAUGACUUCACAUAAAUAAUUUGAACUCUGCUUAAGUAGUUAAAUGGUUGAAAAGGUUUCAAGAUAUCAAAUUUGAAAAGCUGAUUUUUGUCAAAUGAUUAAGGUCAGUAUAACAGGAUGUUUUUGUUAUUCUGGAAACCAGUAGAGGGGACCGUUUAGUAGAUUGUAUUGUGGUAGCUGCAUUUCCACUCAACUUAUCUAGCCAGUGAAUUAUAUUUGGUAAAAUUUGAGCAUGAAAUACGUUGUUUAUUAUGAACGAAUUACAUUGCUUGUGAAGUUCUGAUAUGCAAACAAUUGUUGUAUAUGGAGCAUUAUGGAAUGCUGUGGGGGAACCGAUGCAGCAACGCAUGCAGGUGAUGAGGAGACAAAGUAGAGUGCAUGAACCAGAGCAUUGAGGAGCUCCGUCAACCGUAAUCAGAAGAAGAGCUUUCCAUUGGUGAUUGCUCGAGCUGAGAUGAGGUCGUUGCCCAUGGUCUGAUGAUUCCCAUCCCAGUGAUCCGACCGAGCUGCUGCUGGCUGCCACCAAUAAGCUUCUAGAACAAUCGGUGCUCACCGUGGUAGGAAGACAGGAACUAUUGCUUGUUUCAUGACCAAAUCAAAUAUCACUAGGCCACAAGAAAAUACAGUGUACAAUUUGGCUUUUCUCUUUUGUUAUUGCUCUUUUUUCCCCCAACAAUGUUUAAAUCAUGAUAAAUCUUCUUGAUUUCACCAAAAAAGGUACUGUAUUGUAUUAUUUAUGCUACUCACUCAGAAUAAUAAACGAGA